UUCCUAACAUACUGGGAUGCAUAGAUGGGACACAAAUAAGAAUCAAAAAACCCAAGCAGAAUGAAGUUGACUAUGUGAAUCGUAAAGGAUAUCACUCCUUAAAUGUUCAGAUGUGCUGUGAUGAAACCUUCAAAGUAACCAGUUGUGUGGCUAGCUGGCCAGGAUCUGUGCAUGACAGCCGCAUCUUUAGACAAUCAGCGCUGUGUGCACAGUUUGAGAAUGGACAACAUGAUGGAUUGCUAUUGGGUGAUUCUGGCUACCCCUGCCGGCGAUUUCUUAUGACACCAUUUCUGAAUCCAUCAACCCCAGCAGAAACUGCUUUCAAUGAUGCACUCUGCCGAACAAGGGUUCUAAUAGAACAGACUUUUGGUGUCCUAAAGAAAAGGUUUCAGGCUCUUCACCAUGAAAUUUUGACAGAGCCUCCACAGGCAGCCGUUUUUGUAGUAGCGUGUGUGGUCCUCCAUAACAUUGGUAUGGAGAGAGGUGAUAUCCUACAAAACGACGAUGGAAACUUGCGGCCUGUGGAUGGUGAUGGUAUGAUGGGUCAAAUCCAUGGUAGGAAUGAUGGUAUUGCCAUGAGACAACACACUGUUACCAAUUUUUUUUAA